ACCCCACCUCCCCCCGCCUCGUCGUCUUCCUCCUCCCACUCUCGCACUUCUCGCAUCGCAAAGCUCGGCAGCAAAAGCAAAGCAAAGCCAAGCCAAGCUUGAAGCUCCCCGCACUGAGCCAAGAAGCCUCCACCUCAAUCCGAAAGAGAUCUCGUGCGCGCACGGCGAUGCGGUGAAUCGGGCAUGGCGCCGCCACAGGAGCGGGACUACAUCGGGCUGUCGCCGGCGGCGGCGGCGGCGCUGGCAACGGAGCUGCGCCUUGGGCUGCCGGGGACUGCGGAGGAGGCUGAGUCGGAGGGCGGCGGAGGAGGAGGGACGGAUGCGGCUCCGCUGACGCUCGAGCUGCUGCCCAAGGGCGGGGCCAAGCGCGGGUUCGCGGACGCCAUCGUUGGGGGUCCCGCCGGCCAGCGGCGGGAGGCGGCCGGGGGCAAGGCGGCGGCGGCGGCGGCGGAGGCCGAGGAGGAGGAGGAGAAGAAGAAGGCGCAGGCGCCGGCGGCGAAGGCACAGGUGGUAGGAUGGCCACCAAUCCGCAGCUACAGGAAGAACACCAUGGCGAUGAGCCAGCCUGCUCUGAAAGGCAAAGACGACGGCGAGGCGAAGCAGGCUCCGGCAUCCGGUUGCCUCUAUGUCAAGGUGAGCAUGGAUGGUGCUCCUUACCUCAGGAAGGUGGACCUCAAGAUGUACAAGAACUACAAGGAGCUCUCUUUGGCUCUGGAGAAGAUGUUCAGCUGCUUUACCGUCGGUCAUGGUGAAUCAAAUGGGAAGUCAGGGAGAGAUGGAUUAUCUGAUUGCCGCCUGAUGGAUCUUAAAAAUGGAACAGAACUUGUGCUCACUUAUGAGGACAAGGAUGAAGAUUGGAUGCUUGUUGGUGAUGUUCCGUGGCGAAUGUUCACAGACAGCUGUAGGAGGCUGAGGAUUAUGAAGGGGUCAGAUGCAGUGGGCCUUGCUCCAAGAGCCACUGACAAGAGCAAAAAUCGGAACUGAGCAAAAGAUGAACCCAAUAUGAAUAUCCGACCCCUACAAUCACAUCACUUUUACUUGUAAGGUCCCAUUCUCUAAACCACAAGGGUAAUGGUCUAAGUUGCGAGAAGGGGAUUACUUAUACCUAUGUGUCACCCUCUUUUUUUUUUGUUUUUAUUUGUACCAAUUAUGUUAGAUUUUAAGCGUAAGUUGUGUAAGUUCCUGUAAGUUGUCUACUUAACCUUGCUUGUAGUUUCUUCUGUAAAUUGUUGUGCUGUAUGAUGCAAACUAUUUUUGGUAUUUUACUUGGUGCUUGCAAGUUGCAAUUGUCCGUGCAAGUCUUGUGUCUAGUUUGUAAGAAACUUCCAUUCCUUCU